AUGCGAAAUGGAAUGUGUAAGAAUCAUUAUCCAAAGGAAUAUCUUGAACGGACUACUCAUUCUGAAGAUGGUUACCCUCAUUAUAGACGAAGGCAGAAUAACCGAUCUGUUAGGGUAAGGAAUCAUUGUCUAGACAAUAGAUGGGUUGUCCCCUACACUCCAUACCUUCUUGCUCUUAUAGAUUGUCACUUAAAUGUCGAAAUUUGCUCCACUGUUAAGCUGGUCAAAUACUUGUACAAAUAUGUAUACAAGGGGCAUGACAGAGUCAGUUUCCAUAUUCAUUCUGAAAAUACUUCGGAAGAUAUAGAUGAGAUCCAUGAAUUCCAAUCUGCUCGAUGGGUUGCAGCUGCUGAAGCAAUGUGGCGCAUUUAUAGAUUUCCGAUUUCAGAAAUGUCGCCUUCUGUUUACACGCUUCAGCUCCAUCUUCCAGGCGAACAAAUGGUUUCUUUCCAUAGGAAUUCGAACCUAUCAGAUCUGAUCAACAGUGCAGAUUUUUCUAAAACAAUGCUGACUGAGUUUUUUUCCAUGAAUAGACGAAGUAAACAGACACGCAUGCUUAAAUGUCUGUAUCGGGAUUUUCCAGAGUACUUUGUUUGGCAUUCCGAUAAGAAAAAAUGGACUCGCAGAAAACGCAGAAAGGUCAUCGGAAGAGUGGUUGCGGUUAAUCCCAGUGAAGGUGAACGAUACUUUCUAAGGUUGCUCUUAUCUCAUAUUCGUGCGCCAAAGUCAUUUAACCACCUUCUUACUGUCAAUGGCCAACUUUCGUCUUCCUAUCGAGAAGCUGCCUUUCGGAUGGGCUUGCUUCAAUCUGAUGCUUAUAUAGAAGACACUCUUGACGAAGCCAGUACUUUUCAAAUGCCUUGGUCGCUUAGAGCCUUGUUUUCAAUGUUACUUGUUUUCUGUGCUCCUUCCAAUCCUAUUAGUUUAUGGGAGAAAUAUGAGAAGGACUUGUCAUCUGAUUUCGAAAGAAACGGCCUUGCAAAUGGCCGUGAUCCUGCUUACAUUAGGAGAUGUGUGCUGCAGGACAUAAAUAGAUCACUGGAGCAGAUGGGUAAACGCAUUGGUGAUUACCAUCUGGUCCCUGACGAUCAUUUGUUUACUGACCAUGAACGUUUUGCCAAGGAAAUUGAAAGUGAACGGAAUAUUCCCUUUUCAGAUGAUGAUUUGCUAACGGUUUAUCAAUUGAACGUUGGUCAGCAAGCUGCAUAUAAUACUAUUAUGUCAGACAUCUAUUCACCUGAUUGCAAAAGCUUCUUUGUCGAUGGUCCUGGAGGAACGGGUAAAACCUUUUUGUAUCGUGCCCUACUUGCUACGUUGCGGACUCAAGGCCAUAUAGCAUUGGCAGUUGCCUCAUCCGGGGUAGCAGCGUCUAUUCUUCCUGGAGGGAGAACCGCUCACUCACGGUUUAAGAUUCCUCUUGAUGCAUCAAGCACUAAGACUUGCCAAAUCAGUAAGCAGAGCUCGAUUGCUAAACUGAUUGUCAUGGCCAAGUUAAUCCUGUGGGACGAGGCUUCAAUGGCGAAGCGAGAUACCAUUGAAGCAUUUGAUCUACUCCUUAAGGAUAUCAUGGACAGUGACAAGCCGUUUGGUGGUAAAGUUGUCGUUUUUGGUGGCGACUUUCGUCAAACGCUCCCUGUCAUUCAAAAUGCAACACGAGAUAUUCAGGUUCAGGCCAGCUUUGUCAACUCUACUUUGUGGGGCAGCUUACAAAUAAUUACUCUAACGGAGAAUAUGCGAGCUCUUCUAGAUAAACCGUUUCAGAAUUCCUUCUUAGAGUAG